AGAAGCCCCAGCCUCCCACCCGCGCACACCUCCUCUCCUCUCUGCACCAGAAAGGAGCAAUCUCAUCUCUCCUUUUCUUUUAUGUCCUCGCUCGCUCUCUGUCAGUUAGUGUGUGUACUCAGAAUGAGGUUAGCGGCAACAGUAGCAGCAGUAGAUAGAGACAGCAGAGGCACAGUUACUGCAGCAGCCAGGAGAGGCUGUCCUUCAGCUGUGCACCAUCUACUGCUGCAUUCACCCCUGCCCUGAGAACACAACGCUCAUUCCUGUGCUCUCUCUGUGUUUCUCCCCGCUCCUUCUCUCACCUCUCCGAAUUCGUUUAUCGAAUUCGACUCCCUCUUUUCUUUCUCUUUCUCUGUAGCAGUGAUGGGGAGGACCACCAUGUAGAGAACGACAGGCAACAAAAGCAAGAGCAGAAGAGCAGUAAUGGAAAGCCACACAUGGAGUGGGUCUGGACUGCAGCCGUGGUGAGCCUGAGAGCUACAUGACUUGAAACCACCAUCAUUGCCCUUCUCAGGACCUUACCACUCGGGCUGUCCAGCACUUACCUGGAUGCUCCCCAUUUGUGAUUUGCAAUCCCCUUUUCUUCCCCUGCACCGUUGCUCUCUUUCCUGCGCUUUAGUUUUUUUCUUUGUAGUGUCUUUUUUUGUCUGUUAAAAUCUGUUUCUCCUGAAACAGAGGCUUCUCAUCCGUCUAUCUCACUGGAUUUUUUUUCCCCCUCUUUGUAAUAUCUUUAUCCCCAAGAAGUACUUGCUUUUCUUCCUUUUUUGGUCAAAAAUGCCUGCUAGAAAUUAUUUUUAGAUUUUUUUAAUCAGACUGAGCUCUGUUGUGCAAUUAUUUUUCUUCUAUAAGCAAUAACAAACACUAAUCCAACUGACUUGAAAGCUGACAACAUGGGGGACAUGUCCAAUAGCGAUUUUUAUGCCAAGAACCAAAGAAAUGAGGGCAACCAUGCGGCUGACUUUGGCUGCUCUGUUAUGGAGCUGCGAUCGUUGAUGGAGCUUCGUGGCACAGAGGCAGUGGUCAAGCUCCAAGAGGACUAUGGAGCAGUGGAAGGACUGUGCAAGCGAUUGAAAACCUCACCCACUGAAGGUCUUGCAGGUGUUCAAACUGACCUGGACAAAAGAAGAGAAAUAUUUGGUAGAAACCUGAUACCUCCAAAAAAGCCAAAAACCUUUCUACAGCUGGUAUGGGAAGCACUGCAGGAUGUCACCCUCAUCAUCCUAGAGGUCGCUGCUCUCAUCUCCCUGGGCCUCUCUUUCUACCACCCUCCUGGGCAGACCAGCGGAGAGGCGUGUGGUUCAGUAGCUGGUGGAGUGGAGGAUGAGGGUGAGGCAGACGCAGGCUGGAUUGAGGGCGCCGCCAUUCUCUUGUCUGUAGUGUGUGUAGUUCUGGUGACAGCCUUCAACGACUGGUCGAAGGAAAAGCAGUUCCGGGGACUGCAGAGCCGCAUUGAGCAGGAGCAGAAGUUUCAGGUGGUCCGUGGUGGCCAGGUCAUUCAGCUGCCUGUGGCUGACAUUGUGGUAGGGGACAUCGCCCAGAUCAAAUAUGGUGAUCUACUUCCUGCUGAUGGAGUGUUGAUCCAGGGCAAUGACUUGAAAAUUGAUGAGUCAUCACUGACUGGAGAGUCUGAUCACGUCAAGAAGGCUGCUGACAAGGACCCCAUGCUGUUGUCUGGGACCCAUGUUAUGGAGGGGUCAGGACGCAUGUUGGUGACUGCAGUUGGUGUCAACUCACAGACUGGAAUCAUCUUUACUCUUCUUGGGGCGGGUGUUGAGGAAGAGGAAAAAAAAGAGAAGAAAGGAGGGACAUUAGAAGAUGGACAUCAGAACACAGACUGCUCCCAUCCCCCUAUCCACCCCAUUGCAACAAUAGCCACGGAUGGGGCUGCAGGCAUUAAUGCCCCAGGCACUGCCAGCCUAAUUAAUGGUAAAAUGCAAGAUGGCAAUAUGGAGAGCAACCAGAUUAAAGUGAAGAAGCAGGAUGGAGCAGCUGCCAUGGAAAUGCAGCCUCUGAAGAGUGCUGAAGGGGGAGAAACUGACGAGAAGGAGCGGAAGAGAGUGUCAGCUCCAAAGAAAGAGAAGUCUGUGCUACAGGGGAAACUGACCAAACUAGCUGUCCAGAUCGGCAAAGCAGGUUUGCUCAUGUCAGCCAUUACUGUCAUCAUCUUGGUCCUGUAUUUUGCCAUCAACAACUUUGUUUUGGAGAAGCGUCCUUGGAUGCCAGAGUGCACUCCCAUCUAUAUCCAGUACUUUGUGAAGUUUUUCAUCAUUGGUGUGACUGUGUUAGUGGUGGCUGUGCCGGAGGGGCUGCCACUGGCUGUAACCAUCUCCCUGGCAUACUCAGUCAAGAAAAUGAUGAAAGACAACAACCUUGUGCGUCACCUGGAUGCUUGUGAAACAAUGGGCAAUGCAACCGCCAUCUGCUCCGACAAGACAGGCACGCUAACCACCAACCGCAUGACAGUCGUGGAGUGUUAUAUAGGAGAUGUGCACUACAAAAAAAUUCCAGAUCCUGGCGUAAUCCCACCCAAAUCUUUGGAUUUACUGGUCAAUGCCAUCGCUAUCAACAGCGCCUAUACCACAAAGAUACUGCCCCCAGAUAAGGAAGGUGGCCUACCCAAGCAAGUUGGAAACAAGACUGAAUGCGGACUCUUGGGAUUGGUCAUGGACUUGAAACGAGAUUACCAGCCAAUAAGAAACCAGAUCCCAGAGGAGAAGCUUUACAAAGUGUACACCUUCAACUCCGUGAGAAAAUCUAUGAGCACUGUAGUCAAACUUCCUGAUGGGAGCUUCCGAAUGUACAGCAAGGGAGCCUCUGAAAUUGUACUUAAGAAAUGCAGUCACAUUCUGAAUGAAGUUGGUGAACCCAGAGUUUUUCGGCCACGAGACAAGGAUGAGAUGGUGAAGAAGGUGAUUGAACCCAUGGCAUGUGAGGGUCUGAGGACCAUCUGUGUGGCGUACCGCGACUUUCCCAGUGAUCCUGAGCCCAAGUGGGAUGAUGAGAACAACAUCCUCAGUAACCUUAUAGCCAUCUGUGUUGUAGGAAUCGAGGAUCCUGUCAGACCAGAGGUGCCCGAUGCCAUUCUGAAGUGCCAGCAUGCAGGCAUCACUGUACGCAUGGUGACGGGCGACAACAUAAACACGGCCAGAGCCAUAGCCAUCAAGUGUGGGAUCAUCCAUCCAGGAGAGGAUUUCCUCUGCAUUGAUGGCAAGGAGUUCAAUAGGAGGAUCCGUAAUGAGAAAGGAGAGGUGGAACAGGAGCGUAUUGACAAGGUGUGGCCAAAGCUCAGAGUCCUGGCCAGAUCAUCCCCAACAGACAAACACACACUUGUCAAAGGAAUUAUUGACAGCACUAUGGCAGAUCAGAGGCAGGUGGUGGCUGUGACAGGAGAUGGCACCAACGAUGGACCGGCUUUAAAGAAAGCCGAUGUCGGGUUUGCAAUGGGUAUAGCUGGAACUGAUGUGGCUAAGGAGGCAUCAGACAUUAUUCUUACAGACGAUAACUUCAGCAGCAUUGUGAAGGCAGUUAUGUGGGGCCGGAAUGUAUACGACAGCAUUUCCAAGUUUCUUCAAUUCCAGCUCACUGUCAAUGUAGUGGCUGUCAUAGUCGCUUUCACUGGAGCCUGCAUCACACAGGACUCUCCACUUAAAGCAGUGCAGAUGUUGUGGGUUAACCUGAUUAUGGAUACCUUUGCAUCUCUGGCCCUGGCGACGGAGCCUCCCACAGAGUCCCUUUUGAAGAGAAAACCUUAUGGUCGCAAUAAGCCUCUGAUCUCCAGCACUAUGACCAAGAACAUCCUGGGACAUGCAGUCUAUCAGCUCAUUAUCAUCUUCACGCUGCUGUUUGUUGGCGAGAUAAUCUUUGACAUUGACAGUGGUCGUAAUGCUCCGCUCCACUCUCCUCCGUCUGAGCACUACACAAUCAUCUUCAACACAUUUGUCAUGAUGCAGCUGUUCAAUGAGAUAAAUGCUCGUAAAAUACACGGAGAGAGGAACGUGUUUGACGGGAUCUUCAGGAAUCCAAUUUUCUGCUCCAUUGUUUUUGGCACAUUUGCUGUACAGAUCGUGAUUGUGCAGUUUGGGGGGAAGCCGUUCAGCUGUCAGCCUCUGGACCUGGAGAAGUGGAUGUGGUGCGUUUUCCUGGGGCUGGGAGAGCUGGUCUGGGGACAGGUGAUUGCCUCCAUACCCAACAGCAAUCUGCGUUUCCUGCGUCGGGCGGGCCAGUUAACUCAGAAAGAUGAGCUACCAGAGGAGGAUGUUAAUGAAGAUAAUGAGGAGAUUGACCAUGCAGAGAGGGAGUUACGGAGAGGUCAAAUUCUUUGGUUCAGAGGUCUAAAUCGCAUCCAGACUCAGAUUGAAGUAGUCAACACCUUCAAGAGCGGCACCUCCUUUCAGGGGGCUCUGAGACGCCAAUCAUCCACCACCAGCCAGACCCAGGAUAUUCGAGUUGUGAAUGCAUUCCGUAGCUCCCUGUAUGAAGGCCUGGAAAAACCCGACUCCAGAACAUCCAUACACAACUUCAUGACACACCCUGAGUUUAGGAUAGACGACUCCACACCUAGCAUCCCCCUCAUCGACGACACGGAUGACGAUUCUGCCAGGAGGAGGACAAAGUACUCCAGCCAGCCCUCGUCUCCUAACAAGAACAACAACGCUAUCGACAGCGGGAUCAACCUCACCAUCGAUAUCAGCAAAUCUGCUGCCUCCUCCAGCCCCGCCAGCCCUCUGCACAGCCUGGAGACCAGCCUCUAACCCCUGUCUUGAACGCAGCUCUAACCCCUCGUGUUGUUCCCUCAAGGUCCAGGAGCAACUCCUUUCAGCUUUCCCAGACCUUUAUUUGUUACUUCUACCAGUACGUUACACAUGGCCACCCAGUUCCCCUCUUCCGCUCCCUCCAGCGCACCAUUUCUUACCACCGACACAGAUCUGAUCCAUCUCCCUCUCGUAAGCUUAAGCCCAUAAAGCUCUUCUCUCCUUUCAACACGGAGUGAAUCUUAGUGAAAUGGCAAGAAUAAAAACAUAAUUUCAAAAAGCUCCACAAAGCUACACGACCUACACAGCCAUCCUGCUUUUGUGGUUGCAUGUGUAUGGUGGCAGCCUUAAUGGUGUUUAUGACACUAUGCUCGUACCGGUUAGCAUGUACUGUAUAAACGUGCAGCUGACUGCACGUUGCGUUGGAACUGUGUCCGCAGCGACACCCUGAGGAGGACGAGGUGGAGGGAGACUGCUGAGGGAUGCAGAGCUCAAGUAGACUUUAUACUCUUCUUAAACUCCUUCUCUUCAAUAAUAACAUUGUUAACACAGAUACAGUAAUAGUUUGAAUUAAAUUAAAAACCGUUGUUAUUAUUCUGAGUCUGAUUAUUCUUGUUAUUAUUCUUAUUGAUCCUGCAUGAAUGUACAUUUGCCCAAAGUUUAAUUUCAAAAGGGUUUUCAUUUUAUUGAAGUUGUUUGGUUCUGAUGGGCUGGGCCUCGCAGCGGACUACAAAUGUAAAGACAGCUUCUCUGAGUCCUCCCUCUCUGCUCUGUGUGGCAUGAACAUGUACCGGACUCUUAAAAAAAAAAAGAUAUCAUUCAUAAGCAGAAAUGUGUAUCGAGGUGGUAGGGCUGAACUUGCACAGUAGUUUUGCACCUGAUGAAAAAGAGAAAUGCUAAAUAUUAUUAUUAAUAAAAAUGAUGAUGAUAGCAUUUAUGGGAUAUAUUCUAUACAUAUAAAUUCAUAAAAUCUAUUUAGAGAGAGUUUAUCUUUGUUUGUUGGCAUGUUGCCUUGUUUCCGCUUCAAUGGCUUAAAUUAUUUUGACUUAUUUAUGUCUAAAACAGAAUGUAAUUGUUUACAACCUCUUAGAGAUGAAUUUCCUGGUUUCUUAGAGGAGGCGAGCUCAGAGUUUUGUUGCUGUGUUAAUACGGGAAAAACCAUGUGCUGAAACUUGCCUGCUAUAUUGUCAAAUAAUGUAGAUAUUUUUAGAGGAUAAACAAUGAGAAGAAACCAAAAUAUAAUGGGAUGCAUAGUACAGUACAUGUGGAAUCUUAGUAUUACUCGUUAUGAUUGUUGGGAUCAAAUAAGAGCGGCUUGCCUUUGGUUUUUCCUAACAAAGGCCUCCUUUUUGUGACAGAGGAGAAUAUUUGAUUUUUUUUUUCUGGGUGAUAAUUAUGGUUUAUUUUUGCUUUGCUUCAGUGCUGACCUGGGGUCAGUACUCAUGUAAAAGGUUGAUAUCAGGACCUUUUUAUUUAACUGUCGUCUAGGUAAACCUUGUUCAAAGGACUUCAUCUUUUAAAGGUGUAUGCGACCAUCAAAAGGCUGCAAUCAAGUCAUUUUAGAAUUUUGUUUGAAACUUGCAAUAUCUUGUGCUAAUAUUUUCUGAUUUAUUUUGAUUUUUUUAAAAGCUUCUUUUCAUCUACACACACGCAGCCCCUAAACGAUGUUGGCAUUUUUAACAUCUAAAAAAAGAUAAAAACCUGACAAAAAACAAAACUAAUAACAAAAAUGGAAUGUUGCUUUGACUCUUUUUCUAUAAAUAUACAUAAAAGAUUUCCUGCACUAUCUGGUUAUGAAUGAAAACUUCUGUGGUGUAACUCUAGAUGUGCUUUUGUGUGUUUCUAACCAAGCUUGUCUUCCUGCCGUCACACAAUAUACAGUACUCUUAGCAUCUCAACUGUACUCACUAGUUGUAAACUAUUUAUUGUACUUUGACCAAUCAGACGUUAUCAGAAGUCGCAUACAGCAGGCGCAUUUAUCAGUUUUUUUGCACUCAGACGGACAAGGCCACCAAAAUAGCCUCUACUAUUAUUACUCUACCUAACCGAAGGCAGUUGCAAGCAUGAUGUCAUAAAGUAGGCUCAUUAUGCAACUUGAAGAAAAUAUCAUUUUUUUUUUUUUUUUACAUAAAUUUAAAUCUAUUCUGUAGAUGAUGUAAACAAUCAUAUCUCCUAGCAGCUUUAUCUUUUUUUGUUGUUUGUUUUUGCAUCCUCCUCUGUCAUUGUUCAGCCGAUGUGUUCAUCUGUAGAGGGUGCACAAGCUUUACUGGUCAGCUCAGGCAUGUCGAAGAACAUCGGAAUAAAUUCUGUCGUAUUUAAUUUGAAAGAAAACAGUCUGGGUUCUGAUAUUUACCUUAGAACUUCUUAAUUUAUUUUGCUAUCUUUCCAGUGUUUUUUUUUUUUGUCUUUAAAGUAAAAAAACAAAUAAUACGAAGCAAAUAAAAAAAUAAUACAUAGAUAUAACAUUUUCAAUACAUAAAAAAAAGACUUAAGCCAACAUCCUGAAACCAGUUUUACAUCGGGGAGAACAUUCAGCUUUAAGACACUGAAGUUAAAUGGAUCUUUGUAAAUAGAGUUAUGGGUCCACUGAGGACAGAAACGUUGAAAACAUGAACUCCUCCUGAUUACAUCAUGCAACUCGAUGAGUCAUACUGAUGACGCGGCACUUUGGCUGUUUGUGAUCAAUCCCCGCUCCUGUCAGAGACACAUCCUAAUCAUAACAUGUGUUGUAACAAACCUGUCAUUAUGUUUAUGAUGACACCCAUGAUGAUGAUGAUAUCAAUGAUACUUUUUUGCAAUAUACUCACCUGCCUCGAUGUACUGUAUUUAGCAGCAUGCAGUUUGUUGAACAAAGAAAAAGAGAAAUGCCAACAGAUAGCUUUUUGGCAUACUUAGCCAUUCAUGGGUAAGUGAAUUAAGUGUUCAUCUUGGUUUUAUGAUAUUUUUUUUAUCUAUACAAUAAUUGUAAAUAAAGAACUCAAUGUCUUUGUUCAUUUAAUACUAUGCAAAAAGUCAUGCUUUUCUGAUUGUCAACCCCCUUAAUUCUAGAGUGUGUUGCUGGAAUGUUUGUGGUUUCAAAAGUCAGUAAAAACAAUGUGUUGUAAAUUAUUUUUUAGCCUGACGAAAAGUAAAAAUUACAAUACGGUGAAAAAGAUUUUACAAUGGUGGUGGCUAUGAUGAUGGACUGUGACUCCUGCUGCUUGACUGACCCAUAUUUAACGCCACUGACAGGAGCGCUAGAGAAAAAUAUAAUAACAUACCAUAUUAAUUAUAAUAGGAAUUUAAAAAAAUAAAGAAAACUCAUGUAAUAAAUUUCCCAGAGCAGCAUGACCAGCAUGGUGUGCCCUCGCCCCGUGUGACAUGUCCUGUUCUGAUUUUGUUGUGCCUCA